AUGAUCGCUCGUGCUUCUCCGAGUCUACAGAAUUAUCGUUUCGACUUCGAUAUAUCCUUCCCUCUCUUCCACAAGGAGCACCCUUUACGAAACGCUUUUGAGCAGGAUAUUUCAUUUAAAACGCAGGACCAAUAUAUAGUGUCGUUCAAGGGCAAGCGUUAUGUCUACGGUAUUGGUUCGGAGACUCGAGAUUCGCUUCACCAUUUGCACAAUGGUGAAACAGUGGCCAUGGUGACAACGUGCCGCCACAAUAACGACUGGAAGGCUCAUCAAGAUGCUAGAUGUGAAAGCGAUAAUGAAGCUUACGACAAAUGGGAUUACGAGACGAUGAUGGCCAAUUCGACUUUUUGUCUGACACCGCGAGGAAGACGAUUAGGAUCAUUCAGAUUUCUGGAAGCUUUGAGACUGGGAUGUAUCCCAGUUGUGCUGUCGGAUGAUUGGGUACUACCUUUCGAUGAAGUGAUUGACUGGUCAACAGCUGCUGUCAUUGUUCCCGAAGACAAUGUACUAUUGGUUCCUGAUAUCCUGUACACAUAC